AAAAGCCCAUACCAGACACACCUACAGUACAGUGAACCCUACCCGGGAGGUUUCCUCACACUUGAGCACCCCGGACAGCGGCAACACCCCAAGGGCGGGCGGCCAGUCUAGAGCUCCUGUGGAACAAGGGGGUGUCCACGGGUGGUGUCGCCAAACAUCACAACCACAAGCCCUCGGGCCGCGAUGUACUUGGUCCCGUCCCUCUGCCUUGCCAUGACGGGCAUUCCCUCGCCAGCAAACGACGUCCUUUGAGCCUGCUGCACGACCACCAUCCCGCCAACGACUGCAUCGACGACGCCCGAGUACCAACCCCCUCGAAGGGCCACUGCUGUCUCAACCGCCUGCCAGCCCCUCUCCACCACCAUCGAUUGUCGACAUCGGCCUCGGCGCAUCAGCCCACGUCUUCGCAUGUCGACGCUGCGCCUCAUGCUGCCCUGAUCGCCAAUGGAUCGCCCAGCUUCCGGGUCCCGGGCGCUCUACCCAAAGGGUCCCAGCUUCACCCUCGAGGACUUUUCCAGCAAGGACUUCAUCGUCCGCGACUUUGUCGACAGCCUCGCAGAGACAAUAUCCCCCACGAACCGCCGCUCCGGCCCCGCACCAAGCGCAUUCGACCCGAAGCCCCUCAUCCGGUCCUUUGAGAAUGCCUUGCAAGGCCUAGGGAACCUGUCCGAGGAACUGCAGGAGAAGGAGUCGGAGCUGUUGUCCCAGGUGCGCCGCGCAGAGGCGCAGCACCAGCAGACGCUCGACACGCUCGGGCGCAAGCUCGAACAGUCCAUCCAGCAGUUCGAAGACCUCGAUGUCCAGCUCAACAACCCGCAGGGAUCUGCGUCUUCACGAGGCAGGAUAUCCAGCUCGGACGGCAAUGUUGCUCUACAGAUUGGCGAGCGCCUCGAGGAGCUCGACCGGAAACGACGGCGAGCCCUAGACGCCAACUUCCUCAUCCAGUGCUGGCUCCAGGUCAGCGAAACGGGCGAGCUCUCGUCACUCCAGGACAUCCAGAGGCAAGGUGGUGCCGAGAACAAGGUACGCUGCGCCGUCAUCGCCCAGCAGCUGAUGCGCAUAAGCCAGAGGCUGGACCCUGCUUCUUGGGCUCAGACGAAUGGCCUCGGCCGGAAUGCUUCAACAAAUGGGAAUUCCCCGGCGGGCGGCAGGGCGCACAACACCAGAGAGAUCCUUGAGAAGUUCUGCGAGACGCUGGAGCAGGACCUGCUCAAGCAGUUCAACAACAGCUACCGGAAGCAAAACUUUGAAGAUAUGAUGGAGUGCGCCAAGGUCCUUCACGACUUCAACGGUGGCGCAAGCGUCAUUGCGGUGUUUGUGAACCAGCAUCAGUUCUUCAUCGAUAGGGACCAGCUCAUCGCAGAUGAGGUCACGACGGACGGAGAAGUGUGGGAGCAACUGGCCGACCCUGAUGCAGUACCGCCGGGAGUCGAGCCGAGUCUGCAGUCACUUGUCGACGAAGUGCGCAUCGUCAUGCAGGAAGAGUCCUUCAUCAUCCGGAGGGCAUUUCCUUACUACGAGACUGUCCUCAUCAAAUUCAUCCAGAGAGUCUUUCAGCAGUCGAUACAACAGCGGCUGGAGAUGGUUCUCGAGAAAGCCGACAGCAUAUCAUCAUUGGCGUUCCUACGGUCCCUCCAUGCUUCGAGGAGCUACAUCGGCACUUUGGUGGAAGACCUGAAGAGCCACGGCCUGACGGAGCACCCUGAAGCUUGCUCCGCGCAGAUCGCGCAGUCCUUGGACCAACAGCUCGAGGAGCUAUUUGUCCCCUACAUGAUGGGCAACUCGUACAUUGACCGAGAGAAGAAGAGCUUGGAAGAGUUGUACAAUUCCUUGCUGUUCAAGUACAAUAUAUAUCACUCGCGUAGGAAGAAGGCGCCGUCGGGUUUCAUGGCCUCUCUGGCGCAGCAGGGAAACCAGCUGAUUGCCUCUGCCAAGGACGCCUACCUCGAGCGCAUAGACUCGACCGAUCUCACACCAACGCAAAAAGCCAUGAUGUUGAGGGUCGCUGGUGUGCGAGACUCGGACAAGAACAAGAACGAGAUUGAGGUGUCCGAGUCUGACGGAGUGGUCAGCAUCGCCAACGCGAAGAGGAUGCUGACCUGGUUGGCCGAGGGCGUGCGGCGCACGUUGGAGCUGGGCAGCCAGAGCGAGACACCCAAGGACGUCAACAUCCUGCUCAACCUGCUCAUAACGAGCAUGGGCCACACGUAUGUAGAAACAGCCCUCGACGCGGCGCUCGAGAAGGCCACCUCGCAGGAAAACACAAAGACGACGCCGGACCUCACGUACGUACAAAACAUGCGCCCGGCCAUCACCAUCACGAGCAUCAUGGAGCGCUUCAUCACGGCGGUCCUGAUCCGCCUGGCUGAGCCCAACACCACUGUGCGCCGGAGCAUGGAGGCACAGAGCAAGAUGGGCAUCGAUGCGAUCGAGAAGAAGGCCAGCGGCGUGGUCAAGAGCACCAUCGACGUCAUUGUCAACUGGGUCGCCAAGUCGCUCGCUCAGCAGAAAAAGGGCGACUUCCUGCCCCGCGACGACCUCGUGGGCAUCGAGUCCCUCGAGACGGGCACGUGCAAGUCCAUCUGCGACUUCCUGGCGCGCGCGACGUCGCUCGUCGAGCAGACGGUCGACGGGCAGAACCUCGAGGUCUUUGCCAGCGAGCUCGCCCUCGCCGUGCAGCGCCUCGUCUUCGAGCACUUUAAAAAGUUCAAGGUCAACCCCACCGGCGGCCUCAUGGUCACAAAGGACAUUGCAAAGUACGUCGCCACGCUCAAGGUGUGGCCCCUGACCAAGGAGGUCGAGAUGGCCGUCGAGCUGCUCACCGAGAUCGGGUACCUCUUCAUCAUCGGCCCGGACGCCCUCCGCGAGCGGUCGCGGAACCUGGGCUCGGGCGGGGCCGGAGGAGGUGCUGGUGCUGGGGGCGGCGGCGGCGGUGGUGGCGCGGGAGGAGGCGGAGGGGGAAGGAAGUUGUCCAAGGCCGACUUCAAGACGUUUAUCCAGAACCGCGACGAUGCGCGGAGCGUGGGCGUGCAGAGCGUGCUCGCGGGUUUGUAGUAGGCCGCCGCCGCCGCCAGCAGCAGCAGCAGCAGCUCGACUGAGCGGAUGGGUGUUUCUAAGCACACAGAGGGAGAGGCCAUUUGGAACCGCGUCGGGGGAGGCAACAACAGUCUAGGCGUCCUCCUCAGUAUAUAGGUCGCAGGAACAAUGAAAAUAAGGCCUGAUCCUGUGCCGCCUGCUACUAGUUCCCGUCGUAGAGACCCGAUGGAUUCGGGCCCGAGAAUUCCAGCGCAUAGCUCACGAUGCCGCGGUCAAUUACAAUAGUCCUGCUUUGUCAAUGUUUGGGCCGGAGAUUUUCCAACUCUUCACUCGCCUGCACAAAAGACUUGUCAGUUCAGGUCAAAUCAUGAAAUGCCAG